AUGACUCCGCAUUCCAUAAACGCACAACCAUCUCUUUCUGGUGAGGAUAAUAAAGAAGAUUCGGAUCCUGUGUUGAGUUGGGAAGAUGUAAAAAAAAUUAUUGAGUCAGGACGUCUAGAAUUAUUCAAAAGAAAAAAAGCAGAUAUUUUAAAAUACAGGGCAUGGAAAGCCGAAGUUGCCAAAGAAUACGAUUCCCCCGAUAACUACAUACGAAAAGUGAUACUUAAAUGGGAUAAUGACGAAAUCUCAACGUCAAAAUAUUUUACUUAUGAUCCAUCAAACAAAUCGGAUCAUUUAUUGAGGUUAAAUGACUUUCCCUAUACCAGAAUCGAUCCUUCGAUAACUCAUUAUGUUCUAUGGUCAAAAUUCCCGUUUGAUCCAAAUUCUUCGGAAGAAAUUGAAAGAUUUUCGGAGGCAACGUUUAACUCUGACAUUGAUAAUGUUGAAGGAAAUACAAAUGGCGUGAAAAAGAAGGAAUGGUUAUUUUUUAUCAAUCCUUCAACACUUCAGAGUAUUAAAAGUGUCACUCACGCACACAUCCUUGUUAGAGAUGCUGUUGACAGUGAACCAUAA